UUAAUCGCACUUUGAGGAGCGCGUGCUCUCUCCAGGCGGCCGCCAGGGGGCAGCACCGCCCCGAACCUGGCACGGCCGGGUGAGGCGCUACGGAACGGGGUGCGGAACGGACUCCCAGCGGGCAUCGAUCCCGUCACUCUCCUCGGGACCAACAGGCUCCUUCCAUCAGUGGAAGGGAGGCCGAAGAUGGGUGAUGAAGAUGAACCUACGUCCUCCUGGUACAAUGCAACCUCAGAUCCCUUCGGGGAAUUAAGAAUGAGGUCUCAUAGAAACUUCUCAGUGAGCCACAGGUUCCACACUGGUGCCCAGGAACACACAGCCGAGAUUUACUGGGAACAAAACAGCCAUGACACUCACUCUACCAGAGCGCGACCAGCUGCAUGGCACUGCUUUCCUUAACUCCUCAGAAAUUUGAAGAGCUGGUGGGAAAUUCUCUGCAGUUCUUCUGGAGUGAUCAAGCACAGCACCUACAACUACUGAAAAUCCAGAGACUUCUUCUACCAAACAUCGCUGCAUCAUUUCUGGACAGACCCCUUCCAGGCAGAAAAGGAUCUUCAAGGCUGCUUCUUAAGGUCCCAAGCACUGCCAGCAGAUGUACAUCCCACAGCACUCGUUCCAGAAAUGAGGGAUGUCUCUCCCUUCUGUUAGCUGAGAGCUUCCAUCUUCUGAUUGGAAUGUGGAACCUUUUUUUUUUUUUAACUGUUCACAAAAUAAAAUUGUCUUUCCUUUAGGAAUAAAGAAGUGUUCAGAGAACAGAAUAUGACUGAUAGGAUACAUCUGCACUUCAGACUUCAGCGAACAGAUAGGCAAUUCCACAGCUCUUUCUGGCAUGACCAGAUGCAGUGCAGAGACACAGUUACUGUGCACCAGAGUGCUAUGAGGGCAAAAAGUAAAAUUAAGUCAGAACAGCACUGCGCAUACUGACGACUUUCAGGAAAUGCAAACACUUAAACUGGGGCUAUAUUCAACAUUAGCAGCCCUUGCUAUCUAAACAAUAUUGUUUUCCCGCCUCAUUGCUCAUGCACAGUUCACUUAGAGGCUAUCCAUGAAGCUAAGUUUGCAACACUGAAGAGCAGACAGGGACAGGUCUGGCUUAGUAAAAAACAGGUCUUACUCAAACCAAUUAAUGCUAAAAUGGAUUCAGGAACAAUGGAGGGACACAGGUCAGUUGGAAACUCAUAAAGAAAACUGUCUAUUACUGAUUCAUGAAUACAUUUCUGCAUCUCAUUUUUCCACAUAAAGUUCUCUGAAAACUUCAGCUGAAAUACCUAAGGACUUUUUUUCAUCCUCUGAAAUGCAGCUGCCAUGAGGACACAGCUGAAGUGUGGAAGUAGUGUUUGAGUGUAUCAGGGCCACGUGAGCUGGCUGGGGAACAGACUGUCAAGUACAGACUUGUAUAGAGUAUGUUCACUUUGUCUGCAAAAGACUGGUAGGGCAAAGGCUCUGCUUUGGCUGUGCCACGUGAGCUGGAUAUUCUCAGUCUGUCUAGAAGCACAAAUCAGGAUGGGGGAAAAAAAAAUCAAGAAUUCAGUGAAGUGAAACUUCUAAUCCAGCAACAGGAUCUCGUGACACUGGAAUGGGCUAAUGUGGGACGAGAAGACUUAAACUGGCUGAAAGCAGGAAUGCCAUGGACAGAAUAACUUGAUGUAAGACAGGAAAGGCUCCUUUCUGAAGAGGUGUUGAAUUCACUGACCCACUGCGAGGCAUGCUUUCUGAACACCUAUUCAGUUUCACAGCUGCUUUUUCAUCUCCUUCAGAUUUGGCAGGUGCAGCUCACAAGGUCUGGGGUGCAUGUUGACAGAAGAGUUGAGAAGCAUGUAGGCUUCAUGUUUCAGAGUCCUCUCAGCAGAAGCAGGCAGUUCCCUCCAGAACUAAGUGAAAACAUGGGAAGAAGUUCCCUGGAUGACAUCCUGCAGAGAUCUGGGAGCCACAUGCUUCAAUCUGUCCUCAAGAAAGUUGAAAAGAAAGAAGAGAUGAAUAAAGAAUUAAACAUGCCUCUGCCACAAUGGCUUUCCAAAAGACAACAUCCUGGAAAAAGAUACAUAAGUGACCCGGAGAAGAGACAGCAUCCUGGAAAAAGAGAUGUUGAGGAAAAAGCAUCUUUUGGAGACAUUCAGAAGAGACAGCAUUUAGGGAAAACAGAAGUAGAAGGCUACCUUGUCAACUACCUGGAGCUGAAAAAGCGACAGCAUCCUGGCAGAAGGUCACUGUGGGACCAGUCCACUGACAUCUCUAGUUCACAGCUAACUUACUUAAAUGAGUUAUCCAAAAGACAGCAUCCAGGCAGAAGAUAUCUGAUGUAUAAACACCAGCAUCCUAGCAAGAGGGGCUGGAAUGAUGAGCUAGACCUAAGUGAUCAAAACUGGGAGAAACAUCAGCAGUUUGGAAACAGGGACAGGGAUUCUGACAGCCCAGAUUAUACAGGUCCCUGUGACCUUCAGCAGUCUGCCAUCUGUAACAAAGACAGCUUGUUGCUUGACUUAGCAGAAAAGUUUAGCAAAGAGGGGGUAGAAGAAAAACAUCAGCACCCAGGAAGGAGGUCAGCAUGGGAGAAUGAAACAGAGGAAUGAGAAAGUAAUUGUUUAUCAUUUCAAUAUGGUGAAGUAAAAUGACAGAACACUAAAAAACUCUGUCUGCUCCCUUCUGGCUUCCUGCUGCUGACCUCCAAACCUAUCUUUCAGUGAGUGAGCGUCCUCAUUUAAACUAAUGGCUUUGUCAUGCACCUGAAGUAAAGGAACUGAGAAACACUCAGCUGAAUGGACUCAGCAAGUAGUGAGUUUUCAACUCCCUCACUCUGUGAAAUUAAGAGUAGUCAGUUCCUUUACGAGCCCAGAAUAUUCAUGUUAUGUGUGAACUAGCACAUGCUCUUUAAUACCUCUUCUGAUGUUACUACAGUAAUUAUAUUGUUUCCUCUCGUGUCAGUGAAAUCAGUACAAUCGGGGAAAAAAAAGAACAUAUGCAAAUGAUUUCAAAAUGAAACUGAGUGGGUUUUCAAUUCUAGAUGAUACGUUAAUGAGACCUCCUGUACUACAAUCUAUCCAAACAAUAAGAACUGAACAGAUAGGGAGACUGCUCCAACUGCAGCAGAUCAGAUGACUGGCUUCAUACUUUGACUCAGAACUAAAAAACAAAAAUUUCAUCUAGAAGCUGCAAAGUGCAAAGGGUUAGUGAAUCCCAGAGCAACUCAACCUCCCAGUUAUGACCUUGGCCACGUACACCUCACCUUAGCCUGAUGUGCUAACAUUUCAGUCAUUCUCCUUGAAAUAUGCCUUCCCCUUAGAUGUGUAAAAUGGAAACAAAAAAAUCUUUUCUUCUGAUAGGAUUUCUAAUUUCUCCCCCUCAAAGAAAUGUUUUCCCUUCUGUGAUGAGAGUCACAAAAGUGUUUAUUUGAUAUGAAUGACUCAAUAAACAUAAGAAGUAAAGUCUGUGUGUCCUUACAGGUUGCAUAUUACAGGUUGUACUGUAAUAAGAGAAAAAAAACAGUCCAAGCUAAGUCAAAAUAAAUAAAUGAACACUAGGAGAUACUUUUCUAGGUGGAAGCUUCUUGCAUGCUGGUCAGCCCUUGUUUAUUUGUAAAACUGGUCUGCUAGUGCAGUAGCAAAUAGAUAUAUUCCCCUAUGAAAUCCACUAUCUGUAGGACACUCAGGAACAGGCAACUGGGUUAAGCCCAUAGACACUUUGUCACCCAGUUCAUAAGGAACUUCAGUUGUUUGAGUCUGAUCUUGGCAGGCAAAACUGGUUAGGAGCAGACUUGUUUUAAACAAAAGAAGAAAGGUUGAUUGAUCUACGCUGCCCAAACCUUCUGAGUUCCAUAACCUUUUGCAACAUAGUUAUAGAACAAGUCAUGCUAGCAUGCAAGUCACUGCAGAGAGAAAUGAGAAUUCAGUGGUCUUCUGCCAUAUGCCUGGUAAAUAGCUUUGCUGUAGCUGAGCUUUACUAGAUGUAAUUGAUUACUAUGCAUGCACACAUACACAUACCUCUUAGAAUUGUAUAAACAAUCAUUUAUUUGAAAUUAAAAUACCUCUAUAUAUAUUUGCAUGGUCUGCAAA